GUCGUUCCCACCUUCCGGAAAUGCAUCGCACAUCGCAGAUCACCAGCGAAGAUGCAGGUGCGUAGGCUGAGCCUUUUUGUUGCCGGGAAGGACAUCCUUGCACCCUUGAGGCCUUUCCCUUGGUUCUAUGAGGUCAUGCGCUUGGCAAGCAAGUCAAACGGUCCCGGCCAGCAAUUCCUAGAGGAAGCGAUCCCAGUACGAGUUCCCUGCGCAUGCCCGGCGUCCCUGCUCCACAGGGGCUUCAUUUCUGCCGUGGGUGGAUCUCUGGAGCAAGACCACUUUGUACCAUCACAAGCGCUCUCACAGUACAUGAAUCUUCAGAUCCUUGGGACCUUCCCUGCGACACACCCGCUCCGACGCAGAGACCAGCUCUUGUCGACGCGAUAG